CUUGAUGGGACUGGCGGUGACAGCUAAAACCCUGCUUUACUUUGUCAACACUGAGAUUCACUCCUACAUUAUAAAACAAKUUUGGGGGUUGUCAGUAUCUUCCACACCAGUGCAUCUGAUCUCUCUUGACAAAGGGGCAUGAGAUGGUUGUAUUCAUCUCAUGAAUACCCUGUUAGAGGGUAUUUUCAGCAGACACAGUCUGGGCUGUUUGCUCCUAUUCAGCACACGUUUGACUCCUGAGGGAGGACUGCACUACUUAGAAGAGCUUUUAAGUAACCACCGAAUUCACUAGGAUACUGAUUCCUACUAUAGUAGGUCAGCAUGUCUCCAGCUGUACUCUGAUUUCCAGUAAUAGACCUAAUCUUCUAAAUCAAUAUGUGAUUGCAGCCAGGAUGCCUACACCAUUACACCAGGGGAAGCACCAGAAUGAAAGACAUGGACAAUAUCAAAACUGUAAAGAAAGAAUGGGUGUGUAAAUCAGGAACCGAUGAUCAGAUUUUGAACGGUACAGAACAAAACUGUGACUGCUUUGUAGAUAACCUGUUUGAAGAAGCUCAGAAGGUUGGUGCYAUGUGUGUGCUCCCAACUACAGUCAAGAACCAGGUUGAUGUAAUCAUUAAACUUUGGAAAAAUGGRUUUACGGUAAAUGAUGGUGAACUUCGGAGCUACACUGAUGUGGCAAACCAGCAAUUCUUGGAGUCCAUUAAAAAGGGGGAACUGCCUUUUGAGCUACGAAAAGUUUUUGAUAAGGAGGAGAUAGAAGUGAAAGUGGAAGAUCAAAAGGAUAAGGUGUAUUUGUCUUCAAAAAAGCCAAUGUUUCAUCCCUUUUCUGGACAUGGUUACAGAUUAGGAAGUGCAACUCCAAAGAUAAUCUCUAAAGUAAGAGACGAUCAUCAAGCACCUGAUGACAAAAGGCACCUACCUUUAGUACCAUUGAAUGAUUUGGAGCCUAUCACCAACAUCCAGAUCUGGUUAGCUGAUGGGGAAAGGAUAAUUCAGAAAUUCAAUGUUUCUCACAGAAUCAGCCAUGUCAGAGACUUCAUAACAAAAUAUCAAGGAUCUGAAAGAAGUGUUCCCUUCACACUGACAACCUCCCUUCCCUUUCGAGAGCUGCAAGAUGAGACACUCACACUUGAGGAAGCAAAGCUGCAAAAUGCUGUUGUUGUUCAGAGACUUCGGAAAACAACUGAACCUUUCAGACUCUUAGUGAUAAAAGCACCUGACAAUGACUACAAAACUGCUGCUACACCUAAUGGACAGCUCAAGAAUGAGCAAAAAAUUGCUAUCAAUAGUACAAGAUCAAACUAGCUUCUAACUAACCAAAAACUAUCUGCAGGGGGAACUAGGCAAAACCAAAAAUGUAACCAGCAAUAUGUGGAUGCCCUCACAUCCUCAUGCACUGUCCUCUUAGAGAGCAGAAUGGGUGCUGUGCUGUCAUCUGCUAUCAUAGAGGUAUUUUCAGCUAAAUUGGAUGGUCAGAGCCUGGCUGUAUAAUGUAGCAGAGGUAACUGUACAGCAGAUCAUCCUUAGAAUUUCCUUAGGUAAAAAGCUUCUUAGUUAUUUAAUAAGUGGGUCUAGGUGGAACAGUUCUCUGAGACUUAAUUACUACUGAUAGCACCUUCUAAGGAAAAAUAGUAUUUAUUUUUGCACUUUGGACUAAAGUGAAACAUUUCACUUACAUUGUGAUGUAAACAGCUGCCAUUUGCAUUCUUCUCACAGUAACUCUUAGAUAACCAAUACUGCAGGAAUGCUCACAUUUGAASUCUUAACUUAAAAAUCUUCAGGAUGUACCUUUAUCACAAGAUCUGCAGUGAAAUAAUGUUCUGUCAGGUCUUCACAUGGUGUUAGGUGCAUGUGUGAGAAGACAGAGAUGAGGUAGUCUGGUGCAUACUGCAUAUGAAGUGCCUCAAAGUAAGCUCUGAAAGAAUUGUUCUUACCAAUGGUUGAAGUGGUUGCUGCUUCUUUUGAGCUGCUACGGGUGUCUUGCAGAUCAGGUGAUGUUAAACUACCUAGCUCAUUAGCACAGACCCACUUUUAGCUUUGUCACACAGAAACUUCAGCUUUUUUGGCUAUCACCAUGCAACGGCAGUGGCUUAGAGGGACACAGUUGUUUUGUACUGUUUAUCUUCCUCUGUCCUGAGCUGUCCAGCUGACUGAGACAUUAAUUGCAUGUGGUCAAGUUUCAAAGAUGUUGAAAAUCCUUACUUGAAAACUGAACUUUUUCUUUCCACUUUGCCCCAUUUCCAUCCAAAUCCUUCAUUUUGCUCUUCAUGUACUUGAGGCAUAAAGUUUGUAGCAAACUAUUCUAUGUUUUGUUAAAAGAAAAAACAACAUAAAGAUGAAAUAUUUUGUACUGUGUUUACUAAGCAUGUGGGUUUGUGAAUGGAACUCAAAUCUCCGGGUAAGAUAUCCCAGGAUAUCCUGACUCCUCUGUGCUACUUGUGCCAGAGGGUGGUUGUUGGGGUUCUACUGCUUUUGUUUGGUUAAGUGAAAGAUGGGUUUGGGUUUUUCUGGUUUUGUUCUAAAUGGAAAAUUACUUCAUUGGACAAAUUUGUAUUCUAAAAAGUAGUGAGACUCUCCUUCAUUUCCAAGGAUGUAAAACUGGUUUUCUUCAGCAUUUCUAAUGGUGUGUUUGAAAUGAAAGUCAACUGCACAAAUACCCAUUCAGUGUCUUCAGAAAGCUAAUCUCUGAAAACUAUGCCUUUAACUCUUUCCAGUGCUGUAAAAUUCCUGUGCUACUGUGUCAUUCAGGUUUAUGCACUAAGURGUACAACUAAAUUUUCUUUCCUCUUGCACUGACUCCUCUAUGAAAAACAAAAAUAAACAUGCAGACAAAUCCACUAGUAAACUUGAAAAGACAAGCCACCUACAGACACAGAUCCAACCCUCAGUUCCCAGAGCUUCCUGAACUGGGAAUUUUAUUAAUCAGUGCUUUUGAAGUUGUCUUGAUGUAAAACUAAGUAUUAGAAAAUCAGUGCUUGAUUGURAGCUCAGUUGUCCUUAUCUAAAAGAUGCAUGAAAUGUCAACAGUAACAGUGAACUACUAUUCAUGCAUUUGCAGCAGAGAAAUUUGAAGAAAUAGUGUAAGGUUGAAAUUGAAAGGAGGAGUGUCAAAUUCUCAAGUGGGUAAAUCCACUUUGUUUGCAGUCCUUUGGAAGGAGCAUUAAGUAUUUUGUAUUUUAACAUUGAUUCAUGUCUGCUACCAGCAUUUUAAGAGAUUGGACAGUUUGGUGCUUUACUAAAAACAGCUGUGUCUGGCUACAGCUUUGGUGUACUUGACUGAGCAUUUGCAGUUUGAAAGUGUCAUCAUCUUAAUUACUAAAUGAGAGAAAAUGUUUGGAAAGUCUACAGUGAUGCUGGCUGCAUUAAUCCCAUGCUAGACUAGAAAGUGCCUCAAAAAAAAGGCAGUGAACUGUGAUUGAAUAAUUAAUUUCCUAACUUGGAGAAAAUCUUUGGAAUGAACAGAGGACUCUAAAUCUAAUUGGUUUUGGUCAAGUUUAUAAAGACUGAUUAGCUAGCUGUAGUGUCUGGACAGCAUAAUCUCUUGCUUGGCGCUGUAGACAGCAAUUUUGCAUUGGUCAAGCAGCAGUAAAAGUGGUUUGAUCAAUGCUAGUAUUUGUGAAACACACAAGUAGUAUCAGUUUUGCC